GCAGGCGCACAGGCUCCGCGCCGGGCUCGCCCGCCGGGCAGGCGCACGGCGGACACCUGCGAGCUUGGAGGUGGCGGUCGCUGCGAACCCGGCGGCGCGGCCAAACCUGUGCUGGCUGCCUGGGCCUUCUGGGCCUCCUGGGCCACAAGCUGGCGCCGGGGGCGGCGGCGGGGUGGGAAAGCGGCGCCGCGGUGGGGCCUCCUGGACGCGUCGGCGGAGGUGGCUUCGUCCCGCGGAGUCCAGGCUUCAGGCUUUCACCAGUUCUCAGGAUGCCCAUAGGGAUGGGUGAAGCCCGCCUGGCCUGUGGUGCUUCCCAGUGGCCGUCAUCUCAUUAGGGCCCCACAGUGGCAUUAGGAUGCACCUCUCGGCGGUGUUCAACGCCCUCCUGGUGUCGGUGCUGGCAGCGGUCCUGUGGAAGCAUGUGCGGCUGCGUGAGCAUGCAGCCACACUGGAGGAGGAGCUGGCCCUCGGCCGACAGGCCACAGAGCCAGCCCCAGCACUGAGGAUCGACUACCCGAAGGCACUGCAGAUCCUGAUGGAGGGCGGCACACACAUGGUGUGCACGGGCCGCACGCACACAGACCGCAUCUGCCGCUUCAAGUGGCUCUGCUACUCCAACGAGGCUGAGGAGUUCAUCUUCUUCCAUGGCAACACCUCUGUCAUGCUGCCCAACCUGGGCUCCCGGCGCUUCCAGCCAGCCCUGCUCGACCUAUCCACCGUGGAGGACCACAACACUCAGUACUUCAACUUCGUGGAGCUGCCUGCUGCUGCCCUGCGCUUCAUGCCCAAGCCGGUGUUCGUGCCAGACGUGGCCCUCAUCGCCAACCGCUUCAACCCCGACAACCUCAUGCACGUCUUUCACGACGACCUGCUGCCACUCUUCUACACCCUGCGGCAGUUUCCCGGCCUGGCCCACGAGGCACGGCUCUUCUUCAUGGAGGGCUGGGGCGAGGGUGCACACUUCGACCUCUACAAGCUGCUCAGCCCCAAGCAGCCUCUCCUGCGGGCACAGCUGAAGACCCUGGGCCGGCUGCUGUGCUUCUCCCAUGCUUUUGUGGGCCUCUCCAAGAUCACUACCUGGUACCAGUAUGGCUUUGUGCAGCCCCAGGGCCCGAAGGCCAACAUCCUCGUCUCAGGCAAUGAGAUCCGGCAGUUUGCACGGUUCAUGACAGAAAAGCUGAACGUGAGCCACACAGGAGUCCCCCUAGGCGAGGAGUACAUUCUGGUCUUUAGCCGAACCCAGAACAGACUCAUUCUGAAUGAGGCAGAGCUGCUGCUGGCACUGGCCCAGGAGUUCCAGAUGAAGACAGUGACAGUGUCCCUGGAGGACCACGCCUUUGCUGAUGUCGUGCGGCUGGUCAGCAAUGCCUCCAUGCUGGUCAGCAUGCAUGGGGCCCAGCUGGUCACCACCCUCUUCCUGCCCCGUGGGGCAACUGUGGUAGAGCUCUUCCCAUAUGCUGUCAAUCCCGACCACUACACUCCCUAUAAGACGCUGGCCAUGCUGCCUGGCAUGGACCUCCAGUAUGUAGCCUGGCGGAACAUGAUGCCAGAGAACACAGUCACACACCCUGAGCGGCCCUGGGAUCAGGGGGGCAUCACCCAUCUGGACCGGGCUGAGCAAGCCCGUAUCCUGCAAAGCCGUGAGGUCCCACGGCAUCUCUGUUGCCGGAACCCCGAGUGGCUCUUCCGAAUCUACCAGGACACCAAGGUGGACAUCCCGUCCCUCAUUCAAACCAUACGGCGCGUGGUGAAGGGCCGGCCAGGACCACGGAAGCAGAAGUGGACAGUCGGCCUAUAUCCAGGCAAGGUGCGGGAGGCACGGUGCCAGGCGUCAGUGCAUGGCGCCUCCGAGGCCCGCCUCACUGUCUCCUGGCAGAUCCCAUGGAACCUUAAAUACCUGAAGGUGAGGGAGGUGAAGUACGAGGUGUGGCUGCAGGAGCAGGGGGAGAACACCUACGUGCCUUACAUCCUGGCUCUGCAGAACCACACCUUCACUGAGAACAUCAAGCCCUUCACCACCUACCUGGUGUGGGUCCGCUGCAUCUUCAACAAGAUCCUCCUGGGACCUUUUGCAGAUGUUCUGGUGUGCAACACGUAGCGAGCAGGCCACAGCCUGGCCUCGGGAAGGUGGCUCCUGCAGUUCAGCGUCCCUGGGCCCAUUAAUCCCACUGUGGAGACUUCUGGGAACUAUUUAUUGAGCAGGCCUGUGCCUCCACAUCAUCUUCUUGUCUCUGGGGUGUGGUGUCACAGCACUCCUCUUUGCCCUAGAGAUAAGGGACCUGACUUCCCCUUCUCCCAUCCUGAACAUUUGUACCCCUGGAGAAGUUCCUUAGCAGGGAGGAGGAAGAGGAGAGGAGGAAGCAAAGAAUCACAAGGAACCUCUGGCUAGGUGAUCCUGAUGUUUCCUACUGAGUUUUUCUGGUAUCCAGAUUUCUGGAAACCGAGUAAUCAUGUACUGUUUGAUUGGGUGGUUCAUCUGCUUCCAUCCCAGUGAAAUUUACCUGUAGCCCAGUGAAGGGUGUGUUUGGAACAUUCAUUAAAUGAUUCUAAGCAUC